UUUUUGUGUGUGAUUGCAGCAUUUUUAUCUUGCAGCAUUACUACUACUUCUAUUACUACUACUACUAUAGUAACAAUUAGUUAGCUCCAGAAAGCCAGUAAUUGAAAUAAUAAGACGCUAUAAACAUACUUCCUGUGUCUGUGCAUUAAAAACAGACGGAAAUCGCACUACAAAUCUAAUGGUGGCCUAAAACUUGAACACAUGAUUGUAUCUUUGUCAAAUCUGUACGAAAACAUUGAAAAACAAUUUGUCAGUCUUUUAUUUAGCGUUCUGUGGAGUGUUCUCAAAUAUGUUCGCUCAUUUCCUAUGCAUCUUCUGGGGGCUAAGCCCCCGUGUCCAUAAAAUCAAGUGACGCCCCUGGAGUCUCCAGAAUGCAAAUGUCGUCGUGAAGAACGCAAACUCUGAAUUGGGACUGAUUCGGCCGCGUGACAUGUGUUUCUGAAGCGCUAUGGACGGUGUCGCCUUCAUUGACUGCAUAGGUUGGGUUCUUUGGAGGUUCACAUCUGCAGUCUGGAUCUUUGAAAGCCGAGUGUACGCGUCUGUGUCUCCAUGGUUACAGUGUCGCCACUUGUUGUUUCCGUUUCAUUUUCGUCAUAUAGGUCAACGAUCCAGCCUAGCACUGGAGCUAAUACAUUCCGUCCGGAGUCGUUUCGAAUUGGCAAAAAAACUUGAUCAAAUGUGAGAUGUUUAUGUCGACUAUCCCCUUGGUAACGUUGGGAAGCUUCGGCGAAGGAGACAUUAAGGGCUUGACAGCUCAGGCAGACUUUGACCUAAGCUCAAAUAUGGAUGGCAGAGCUAUGCCUCCCAAUCAGAGAACAGCUGUUCUGACUGAUCAGUGGGAUUCUCUGCAGACAGACACAGAGCGCUUGGCCCAGGAGAGAGUCUGCAAACAGCAGCUACGAAUACAUACUGGUGAUUACAUACUGCGUGGUGGAAAGAUGAAUGACAGUUUACAGAGAGGAAAUUGUGAGGUUGCAGAUGCAAACGAUGAUCCAAGUGAAGAUGACACGGUUUCAGUCUCAGCACAUUCUCACAGAAUGAGGGAACCUGGAAGUGACACUUGCAAAAGCAAACUGGACGCCAGUGAUGUCAACUCAGAAUUGUGCUGUGACCCAAACUGGAACAUCAACAAAAAGGGAGCUGUCAUCACCGAGAGUUUAAAGUGCUCUGUCCCGGAACGUCACCACUUUCCUAGGCAAACGUCUGGUCAAUCGCAGAAGCCAUUUAUAAGAGGAUAUAGAUACAUAGCGGACACAAGUGCAACACUUAUAAUGACUCCAAAUAUUGCGGGCAGUGAUUGUAAUCAGCCAUACCACCUACACCCCCAAGAUGACGAGGUUAGCUCAAUAACAACCCAACUCUGUCACAGCAAUGCUUUGUGUCAUAGCUCACCAAAAUCCAAUUCAUCUCGUAGUUGUAGUGCUAGCACUACCCAUCGGCAGUCCAAAGACCAGCUACAAAAUAGCUGUGACAAUGUGGAUAAAAAUAGUAAAAGAUCUCUUGAGCCGACAGAGCACAUGGAGGAAAUGCAUGCAAUGUACUUGAAAGAAUAUCAGACCUACUACCAGAAGGAACUGCAACACAUACCUGGAGGAUCAUUACAAAUCUCACCCAUAACAGCGAGUUCUCAGACUCCUGGAAAGAAAAAGCGACAUACACAAACAGAAGACCUUGUAGAACGUAAUAAAAUAACACUGGGCCGCAGCACAUCUGGUAAAGGAUCCUAUGUGAAUAUGCAUGCACUUCACCAGAAGAAGCGUCACAUUGUGAAAAAGGGCUUGCAACCGGCAACCAGUGUGGCACCUGAGCCGCAUGAAACCGCUGAUAAUGUACCCAUUGCAGAGUGUCCAAAAGAGAGUUCAGAUACAGAACAAUGGUUAACCCAACAAUUGAAGGUCACCCAUAUCACUGAAGGAAGUAAACAGGGGAAUAUUGAACCUUACUACAGCAGCAUGGAGAAAAGCCCUGAAUUGCAAAGCACAACUGCAUUAAAAUGCAACUUAUCUAUUAAGGAGGGGGAACACAUGUGGUGUCCAAAUGAAGAUUGCAUUGAGCAAAGUCUCGAAAACAUCGCCACGAUACCUUCAAGUACUUCACACAACACCGGAGUCUAUACAAAGCUGCCACCUAUUAUGUCAAAGCAGUGCUGUAGUGUGAAGAUAAUCACCUCCCACAAUAGAAACACCUCUGCUGAUUUCUUGGCACAGAUGGAAGAUAAGUUGAGGACAAGAACCAAUUACAAGACAUACACCCUAAAAGAAUACAAGGAGUUGAAGCUAGAUGUGAAGCUGCAAGGUCUGGGUCCAGACUACACAGCAGUUAAGAAGCUAGCUGAGAAGAUGACCCAACAUAAGCUGUAUUCAAAUGGAGUUCGUGAGAGGAACAAAAACAUGAGUAAGAUACCCUUCCUGUUGGCCAAGGACCCGGUAGGCAAAGACAGGAAAGUUCCCAGGAUUAAGGCUUUAGAGUAUGCUAAGACCAUAGCCAAGCCUCUCAUUCAACCCCCUCAAUCAAAGUCAAGUAAAAAACAACAGUCAGGAGGUGCCAUUGGACACACUCCUUGUUUAGAGGACUGGAAGAUUUCCCAGCUGGCCACAGUUGACCUUCUUAUGAAACGUCACCAAGAAGAAAAGGAGGCCCUCUUCAGAAAGAUGCAUGUUAUUUGAGAAGAUCUUAUAACCUUCCGUUCGAUGACUGGCUUCAUAAAUAAACACUUAUUAAAGAGA